UUUCGAAUCAUAUUUACUGUGUACACGAUCAGACUAUUCACACCGUGGCACCGUCCCCCACUCCUCUCUCUCAUAUCGCCACCGUGCUCCGCCAUGUGCCACCAAAAUUAACCACCAUUUUAAACUUCCAUUAAAAUCUUAGAGAAAAUUAGGGUUUCGCAAGAAAAAUGGCCAAGAAUUCCUCAAAUCCGAAAGUUGUGACUUCAAUCACAUGUCCACACUGUGCUGGUCCUCUCUCAAAAGAAAUGGAAACUAGUCGUUGGACUGUGGCGCCGCUCGUCAGAGACAGCUUUUCAAUGAUUGGUUCUGCUGUUGGUGGCACCACAAGUGCAUUCUAUGCGUUCAAUUAUGUAAUGCCGACUGUUUAUAAAUGGGUUAAAGGGCCAAUGUGGCUGCAUUUUCUAAUCGGAGCACCACCGGUCAUAGUUUUCUCAUCAGCUUGUGCUGGGCUGGCAGGUGGUGCAGUUCCAGCGGUGGCUCAGCUUGUGUCUUCAUCGUAUCAUGCUGUGAUGUUAUCUUCAUCACAGGCUCCUCAGGAUGAAAAGAGUCACAAAUCUGGGACUUCUUCAACAUAGAGAUAUACAGCCUGUUGACGGAAAAGAAUUCCAUUUGUGCUAGCACAAGUGACCUCUUCAGUGUGUUCAGGAUCCUGCUUUGGGCCUAUCUCUGAGGUGAUGCUCAUUUUAUAUAGAGUAUUUCCUCUAUCGUGUUUUGGCAUUUUCACUGUUCUCUGUUGUGUUCCCGUGCAGUAAUCUUGAGCCACCUUUCUUACAUCAUGUUUAUACAUAUCAUGAUAUAAGAAAGCAUGCCGAGGACAUAUGUAGGGGAUGUUUCUCCUUUUGUAAUUCGCUUGUCAAAAUUCACCAGGGGAUUCUGGUAGAUAUUUAUUGAAUCCUGUACCCAAUAUUUAUGAGGGUUUAACCCGUGUAGUUCGUCAAAGAGGCUGUAAUGGAAAGCACUUGGUUUUUACCUCUUCUGUUUACUGGAAAAAAUUCUUGUAAUAUAGUACUCCGUACAUGUUUUGGAUUUUGAAUGUCAUAGGUAUUCGAUUCACUGAAUUUAGGGAUCAGCUAAUUCUCAGCA